CCCGGAUACCAGAAUAGACCCGCCCCCACUUGUGUCACUCUCACUUGUCAACCUCAAAUUUUGUUUUUAUUUCUUAAUUUAUUAUUCCACUCAUAAAGUAAGCACUAACAAUGCAGUAAAAAAGUACCUCGACCACAAAUUCAAUAACCAUCAAGGGAACGGCUUGACAAUCCUCGAAUCUGUGUAUAAUGUGCGAAAAUGGGGCCGAAUACACUGACACAGUUGACCCAAGGGUCCACGUAGAAUUAGAGCGUUUAAAUAAUGCCACUGAUGAAAUUAACAAAUUGGAAGUCGAAUUAGACGAAGCUAGGAACAACUUCCGCCAAUUACUAUGUGAUAGCACGGCCCGAGUGGACGCUCUGCGAGUGAAGCUCGGGAUGUGCGUUGAGAGGGCGAAGCCCUACUAUGAGGCCAGGUUUUGCGCGAACGAAGCGUUGAAGCAGACGCAAGUUGCGGCCAUGAAGUUUGAGAGGGCUAAUAGUGCACACAGUGCAGCUAGGGAGAUGGUUUAUUUGGCCGAACAGGGAUUAGGGGGGCGCACUUUAGAUCCCGCAUGGCAAGAAAUGCUAAAUCAUGCUACUCAAAGAGUUAACGAUGCUGAGCGUGAGAGAGGCAUUGCAGGAACUGAGCACAGGAUCGCUUGUAUGAAACAUGAAGCAUCUAAUGCUAAAGUACAAAGCUUACAAAAGGAACUGAAAAGGGCUAUCGCUAAAAGCAGUUUAUCCAUUAGAAGGUCCUUCAUGACAAUGAGUAAUAUUUUUGCACAACACGAAUUGGUGCUACUGCCCUAUUAUGAGAUGAAGGCCCACUUUAACCACCUCCUCGAGCAGCAGAAGUCCAAAGUUCAACACUACGAGUCUCAAGUGGCAGCCGCAAAGCUCACUUACGCCGAAGCCCUCAGAAAUCUGGAGCAAAUAUCUGAUGAGAUCCACCAAACUAGAAGAAAGGCCUCUUUGCUGCCUCCUCCCAACAAGCAAAGAAGCCAAGAUUCCAACGAGUCAUUCCUGGAUGAUGCUCAAGAGUUUGUAGAUGAAUAUAAGAGUCUUCCACAAACGUUGGGAGCCUCAGCUAGUCCAAUUAUGUCCAGGAUGGACGAUGUAGAGGGUUAUAAGAAUAUUAGGUUGAAUGGGUCGCCUGGAUCGCCCAUUGAAAAUCCAAGCGUUGCCCAAAGUCAUUCCAGUGAAUGGACUGAAAUUAAUCUGGAUUCUUCCAGUCCUGAAGACGACGUACCUUAUAGGAAAUUGCAGGGAGAGGAAGGAGAGAAGCCGAGAUUGAUCAGACAGAAAACUUUGCCCAAUCCGAGUAUUGAGAAUGAGUUCAGUUCGAUUAAAAGCAAGAUGAAACUGGAUACGAGCAUUUCGAACUGGAUCUCAAGGUCUUCAGCGAAGAACGAAGGGGAUUCAUUAAAUUCAAGUCGGCGACAGAGUUUAGAUAACAUUUUGGGUCCAACGGGUGAGAAGGUCAAAGAGAUAUUUUCCCAUGGCAUGAUGAUGCUAAACAUAAGCUCUUUGACUGAACGGAGGAACAGUGAACCUAAGCCUGGUUUGACUGAGGAGAAAACAAGAAGCAGUGCCAAGAAAAUUCCAAGUCCUUUGGAGAAAACUUUGACAUAUCUCACGGCAGAAGAGGAUAAUUCUGAUACUGAAAGCCUCUCCAGCGUUGAUAUGUUAAAUGAGGAUCAAAUAAGCUCGUUGAUGCUGGACAAAGACAUUGGGGUUGUCUGUGAGCAGGUUUUAGGGACGCCGAUCUCGGAAGUGGUUUCGUUGCCGCAAUGCGCUUCUUCUAGUCAUCCAAGCAAAUAAAUGAGUACAAUUAAUAAGGAAAGAUAUUAUUUUUUGGUCGAGUUAGGUAGACAUAUCAGUGGAUUUUAUUUUUGAGUUCUAGUCAUUUCAAGCUGCACAUGGACUGUAAAUGCAAUAAUACCUGCCUCUAGCUGCUAUUAUGAUGUAAUAAAUUAACGCUUGUAUCUGUGGUAGAGCUAGUCGAUGAGUUUAAAGCAAUAUUGUAAAAGUUUAAGAUUGUUAUCGAAUUUUAUCUGAAUAAAUACCUGAAGACAAA